AGCAGGGCCGCGCGGCUGCCUCGGGAGGAGGCGACAUCCGAGUCACCGCGGGCGCCUGUGGCCGACAGCUCCGGGUGCUGUGGAUGGGACUGGUGGCCUGGCCGAGGACGUGGCCGUGGACGGCUCGUUCCUGCCUCCGUCUCUAAGGAUGCAGCAGCUUCUCCUGCUCAGCUCACUGUGGCUCCUGGGGACCCCUCCAGGCGCAGCCAUCUACCAGCACCCAACGGAGAGCCCAGCCACCCCGCGCCUGCAGUACCUGCUGGAGCCCCUACACGCUGUGGUGCACACGUGGCGUGGUGCCACCGUCACGCUGCCCUGCGUGCUGCGCGCCCUGCCCAACGGCUACCGCGUGAGGUGGAGCAAGGUGGAGGCUGCCAGUUACCUGGAGAGCGUCAUCGUUGUCACCAACGGGCUCGCGCAGAAGAGCUACGGGCCGCUGAGUCCCCGGGCGAGCCUGCGGCAGAGCCACCGCUACGACGCCUCGCUCACCAUCGCCAACGUGGCGCUGGAGGACGAAGGGCGCUACCGCUGUCAGCUGCUCAACGGGCUGGAGGAUGAGAGCGUCUCGCUCAUGCUGCACCUCGAAGGUGUUGUCUUUCCCUACCAGACCAGCACCGGGCGCUACCAGUUCAACUACCAUGAGGCCAAGCGCGCGUGUGAGCAGCAGGACUCACGUCUGGCCACCUACCAGCAGCUCUACAAAGCCUGGACCGAGGGUCUGGACUGGUGCAACGCGGGCUGGGUGCUCGACGGCACCGUGCACUACCCCGUGAUCAACGCGCGGGAGCCCUGCGGGGGCCGCACGCUGCUGCCGGGGCUGCGCUCCUACGGCGCGCGGGACAAGCAGCGGGACCGCUUCGACGCCUUCUGCUUCACCUCCGUCCUCAAAGGCCACGUGUACUUCGUGCGCGGCCAGCUGAGCUUCGAGGAGGCCGCCCGUGCUUGCCGCAGCCGCGGGGCCGCCCUGGCCAAAGUGGGGCAGCUCUACUCGGCCUGGAAGUUCUCCCGGCUGGACCGCUGCGACGGGGGCUGGCUGGCCGACGGCAGCGUGCGCUACCCCAUCGCCAGCCCGCGCCCGCGCUGCGGCGGCCUCCCGCAGCCCGGCGUGCGCAGCUUCGGCUUCCCCAACAAGGACCUGCGGACCUACGGCACCUACUGCUUCGUUGGGACGUAGGAGCGCCGGGAGAGGAGUCGGGAGGAGGGUCGGGAUGAGCCUGCGGCGGGGAUGGAGAUGGGCGUUGUUUUAGGGUGGUUUCACGGGGUUUCUGCAUUCUCCCGCUCUCAGGUGGCUUUUGGAGGCUCCCA